GCAUAUAAAAGUUCUGAUGAUGGUGAAUGAUUCAUGGAAUAUAGUUAAAGCUUUCCAUAUAUUUUUUUGUAUGCCCUUGUUUGACCUAUUCACUGUCCUUGCCACCAAAGUUGAUAUGUGAAUGCUGCUUAUACCAAUGUCAACUCUUUGGGAGUUGGUAAAAUUAUUCAACUUCUCCUGCACAGCUCAUGCACUAAAAGAAUUGACCAACCUUCUCUAUUUAAGCUGUAAGCAGGACAAUUCAUUUCCUAUUGCGUGCCCGCUCCCCCUUCUGACGUCACUCUUUAUAAAAUUGUUUGAUUUAGAAUCUUUUAAAACAAUCAAGAAGUACCUCCAUAUUUUGUCAGUUAAUCUUGUUAAAAUAAGCAUUCAAAUGGGUUUGACUUGUGGCCAGAUGAAGAAUCCUCUCAUCUCUAUCCACUUCUUUCUCAACUUAAUUUGAUCACCUCCACCAGAAGCUGCAAUAUACACAGCCUUCCAGAAAUCCUUGAUUGAUUUCAACAUCUCACCACAACAAACUUGGAGGGUCGAUUCCCGAAGCUCCUGUGCUCCAAAGGUUUACAAACAGCUCUUAUGCAGAAAAUCCAGACCUGUGUGUUGGAGUUAUUCCUGGAUUGAGACCUUUUCCAAUUACCGCUAUGCCCGCCGCUCCAGGCACAGCACCCAAUCCUUCUCCAGCUCGAUCAAGAGAUGGUGAACAUGGUGGUCUUGAGUUAUGGAGUAUUGCUCUAAUUGCAACCGCGUUUGCCCUUGCUCUUUUGAUGUCCGUCGUGAUAUUGAUAUCUCUAUGUUGUUACAGAGGAUCAGCUUGCAGGGAAAAAGCCAACGAUGAUCAGGAGCUAGAAGAGGUUCGAAUAGAGCAGCCCAAAGGAACACGAUCACGUUUGUUAGAGAGGAGGGAUGACCAAGAAAGUAGUCUGGAAAUGGAUUUUGUGGAGAAUAAUAGUUAUAAUAAUACGUUUGACUUGGAUGAUUUGUUGCGAGCAUCUGCCAAAGAGAUUGGAAGGGGUAAAUUGGGCACAACAUACAAAGCCAUGCUUGAGUGUGGCUCUGUGGUGGCAGUGAAAAAACUUGAAGAAACGUACACAUUGAGCAGAAAGGGAUUUGUGCAACAUAUGCAACUUCUUGGGAACAAGAAGCACAAAAACCUGGCAGAGAUCAUCUCUUUUUGCCACACGAGGGAGGAGAAGCUCAUUGUGUACGAAUAUGUACCCUGCGGCAGUUUAUUCAACCUACUCCACGAUCCAAGGGCGAAUUGUAUGAUGAGAUUGGAUUGGAAUACAAGGGUACGCAUCAUUAGAGAUGUAGCAACAAGCCUAGAAUAUCUCCACCGUCAGAGGAUUCCCCACGGAGACCUCAAAUCCUCCAAUGUCCUCAUUCAAUUCACACGCGAUGACAAAAACGACAUCAAUGCUAAUUUCAUACGAGCUAAGCUGACGGAUUAUGGAUUGUUGCCUCUGGUGCCAGCACAUAAGCUAUCUAUGGGACAAACACCAGAAUUCAUAAACAAUAAUCAUAAUAAUAAGGAAGCAACGAGAAAGGCUGAUGUGUACUGCUUUGGAAUUCUUGUGUUAGAAAUAGUGACGGGCAAAGUCCCAUCAUCGCCUUCUCCACUACCACUGGGAGGCCCGUCACCAUUAGAUGGCUAUAACAUUAAGCCUACUAAUAAGAGUCGAAGAGAUCUUUCCGGAUGGGUGAAAUGGACGGUGAGCUAUGAUUGGUCGACAGAUAUAUUGGAUGCUGACAUACUUGGGGAGAACCAAGGAUACAAUGAGAUGCUCAAACUCACUGAGAUUGCACUUGACUGUACUGAUGAACUGCCGGAGAGGAGGCCACAAAUGAGCCAAGUGCUAAGCAGAAUUAUUACAUGCUGACAUCAUCAUCAUCAAGUAAUUAGGAGCUUGUCUUUAUGCAUGCAUGCCUCUCAAAUCCAUGACUAGACGAUGUGUAGUAACACAAAAUGUUUGUGGCUUGUUUGCCAUUGUUAUAUUGAGGACAACAAAUUAUAAUAUGGAAAAAAAAAAAUUGUAAUACAACCGAUGUAUGUACAUAAGUGUGCAACUUAUGUAAAUUAUAAAUAAUGUAUUUUGUGCACAAUUUGAUGUAUAUUGCGAUUUCACCAUACCUUUUUUACAAGACGGCUUGAAUGUUGAGAUAUAAAUCAUCCCCUGUAACCAC